CCACCAUGUGUCAGACCCAGGGAGGCUGAAGAGGCAUUUGAACCGGCCCGUGUUCAGGAAACGACAUACUUACAGGACUGCUUAUAUAUUUAAACUAAUGUCGUACACCAAACUCACCUCGGCCCUUGUUAGGGCCAACAAGGACAACAUCAACAGGAUACGACUUUUAUCCGGCAGGCUUCGAUCCACAGUGGCAUCCACUCAGCCCAAAGAGAAGUCAAAGGAGCUUCUAGGUGAAGAGUUCGCACUGGUGAAACCGGUUCAGGUCGACUUAAUAAGUGAAACAAAACAUGUGGCAAAUGCUCAACCAUGCAAGGUUGAAAUCGAUUUUGAGAACACAAAAGAAGCAUACAGAAGCAAAGACAACAUCGAGCUGCUCAGAAGUCUCCUCGUCUUCAAAUUAUGUACAUUUGAUAUCCUUGUUGACAAAAACAAGGAGUUGAUGGCUCUGAGUAAGAAGGUGUUCGGCCAGCGUCUAUUUGAGAAGCUGAUGAGGAUGACCUUCUACGGUCAGUUUGUGGCUGGAGAAGACCACGAGUCCAUCAAACCUUUGAUUCGGAAGAAUCAGGCUUUCGGGGUAGGGGCCGUUCUGGACUACAGUGUCGAAGAGGACUUAACACCGGAGGAGGCAGAGAAGAAAGAAAUGGACUCGUGCGUAUCUGAGGCAGAGAAAGAAAGUCCAGCACCGGCAUUUCAUCAGUUCCUUGUGCAAGAGCUUGACCACAAUAACGACCGGGAGAAGAAGUACAAAGCCCAUCGCCAGUUCAGCGACCGGCGCGGAGGUGUCACCAGUGCCCGCACGUACUUCUACGCCGAUGAAUCCAAGUGUGACAACCAGAUGGAGACCUUCAUCAACUGCAUCCGGGCCUCCGGUGGAAGUUCUGUAGAUGGAUUCUCUGCCAUUAAAAUGACCGCUCUGGGGCGACCGCAGUUCCUCCUCCAGUUUUCCGAGGUCCUGGUCAAAUGGAGGCGGUUCUUUAAUGUUCUCGCUGCACAGCAAGGGAAAUCCGGAUUGACUGCUUUAGAGCAAACGCUGGAUCUGGAACCGCUGAAGGAGAGUUUGACCAAACUCGGCGUUGGAGCCAAGAAUGACAUUGAUAAUUUGUUGACUGGAGAGAAACUUGGGUCGUCAGGUACUAUAGAUCUACUUGACUGGAAUAGUUUAAUCGAUGAUAGGACGGAAAUUUCUAAUCUACUGAUGGUCCCAAAUCUACAGACUGGGAAGCUCGAGCCUUUGUUGAAGAAGUUUACUGUGGAAGAGGAGAAGCAGAUGAAGAGGAUGUUGCAGCGUGUGGAUGUUCUGGCCAAGCACGCCAUGGAGAACGGCGUUCGCCUGAUGGUGGACGCGGAGCAGACGUACUUCCAGCCCGCCAUUAGCCGUCUCACCGUUGAGAUGCAGAGGAUCUUCAACAAGGAGAAGCCCACCAUCUUCAACACCUACCAGUGUUACCUCAAGGAAGCCUACGACAACGUCAUCGUGGACGUGGAGUUGGCGCGGCGCGAGGGAUGGCACUUUGGGGCCAAGCUGGUGCGGGGCGCCUACAUGUACCAGGAGAGGGAUAGGGCGCGGGAGAUCGGCUACGAAGACCCCAUCAACCCUGACUACGAGGCCACCAAUCAGAUGUACCACAAGUGUUUGGAGUUGGUGCUGGAGGAGAUCGAGCAGAACAGGAAGGCCAAUGUCAUGGUAGCGUCGCACAAUGAAGACACCGUGAAAUUCACCCUACACAAGAUGAAUCAGAUGGGACUUUCACCCACGGAGAAUAAAGUCUACUUUGGACAACUGCUGGGCAUGUGCGACCAGAUCAGUUUCCCCCUAGGUCAGGCCGGUUUUCCAGUGUACAAGUACGUGCCGUACGGGCCGGUGAACGAGGUCAUUCCCUACCUGUCCCGUCGGGCCCAGGAGAACCGCGGCAUGAUGAAGGGGUCCCAGAGGGAGCGCACCCUGCUGUGGAAGGAGCUGAUGCGCAGGGUCCUGGGGGGGCAGAUCCUCUACAAGCCUGUUUACUGAAACCCCCCCCCCCACACACACACACACACACACACAAAACUACCAUCACCACCAUCAUCAUCAUCAUCACCAUCACCAUCAUCACCAUCACCCACCCCCUGACCUCUCCAUUCACAUCCAAUCCCUAUAAGCAUUCCACUGUGUUGUAGAAAGAAGACCUCUAUGAGAAGUGCCUCCUCUUCAGAAAUAUUUUCUUCCUGCUCUGAACAUGUUACUGUGUGCACAUUGUAUUUUUAAGUCACUUUAACUCGAGUGUGCUUGCGUUUGCAUUCAGUGCUUCAAAAGCAAUGCAAGCCUUUGUGAAGGCCCUCUCACCUACCGACUGGAGGUGAUCAUCUCUCACCAGGUUCUUUGUUACUACCAUACACUCCUUAGAAGAGUAGUGACAGGUUUAUAAAGUGUGACUAUUGAUUGUUUUUAAGUGUCUUUGUUGCGGAUGUCUAUUGAUUAUUUGAUAUAUUCAAUAUAGUAUAGUUAAUGAACAUUGCUCGUUACGAAACUGUUGGGCUGUUACACUGGUCUGUUCACUGUGAACUCCGGGAUUCGAGCACGCAUCUGUCAGGUGUGGACUUUUCACCCAAUGGGUUCUCAGUCACAUCCUGUCCGGAUGUGUCUGGUUGUCAUUCGGAGACACCUGGUGCGAUUUGUGAUCUGAUUGUUUUUUUGUCUUAUAUUUCUAUCGUGAUCGAAUCUCGGUAGUGUGGACACAAUCCGUGAGGGAGCUAAGGGAUCUGAUCACAAAUCCGGCCACAUCUUUUGCGUUCAAGGCUCCCGAGGACUCAGGGAUGGGGUGUGAUCACAAGAGUACAGCUGCAUUGAGACAACCCAUGUCACCAAAGCUGCUGAGGCUUUUGACUUUCUCUUGUUGCAACGGUUUUGAUCAAGUCUAACCUUUCUGUUCCGCUUAACAGUAAUUGCCGUAUUGAAAUGUUCCUGUACUGAUUUACAUGAUAUUAAAAAACAGAGGACAGGAUCAGUAUUUAUUUUUGUCAGACACUGUCAAAUGUUUCUGAAUCAUUGACCAAGUAGGGUCAAUUUCUGCAAAUAAUAAUAAUAAAAUAAUAAUACCCUGGUAGAAA